AGCCCAACAGAGACGAUCGAUGCAACUUCCAGUAAUAGCAUAAGUGAUUGUAGAAACAGUGGAAAUCCCAGCACAUCUUCAGCAGAACCACAUAGAUCUCGCAGCGGAAAGCCAUACAGAAUAAAGCGUAAGUUAGAUAUACAUAAAGUAACUUAACACUACGUUCAGUAACGGAUCCUGAGGGAGGGUCCGGGGGGGUCGUACCCCUAAGCCCACGCCAUGAACGUAGAGAAUUCUAUUCUAAAAAUAACGAGUGUGCGCUGAAAACUGAAAUUGGGGCCACUGAAAGAUCGUUUAUAAAAAUCUACGUACUUAAAGUUUACUAGAAAAUAAUGUACGGGUACAACGCCUAGGAAGUAUGCAGGAAAGAACUAGCUUCAAUGGUGUGCACAAGUUUUGACCCCUCCUAUCCCUGGAUCCGCCCUUGGCGCCGAAAUGGUUUGUGAGCUGUAGCCGGCUAACAGUAAUGUAUGUAUCGUUAAGACUCAAAGUGAAACUUAAACUUCCUUUCCUAAUAGGUUACACUAGCCCUGCAUUAGAGCAAAGGGUUGUAUAUAGCACAGAGUUUACUAGAUCACCAUCGAGUCCCUUUCCUAUAAAAGGGGUUCACUUCCGGGUAACUGGACUUUCGCUUCAGUCUUAGAGUAACAGACAAAACUUUCUAGCAAACUGGUACAUCAAGUGGUACAUGUACAGUUAACAUUAGACAGAGACUCUUGCCUACAGGCUUAACAUUUGGACGUACUCAACUAUUUAUUCCUUUUUUGACUCUCGUGAGUCAUGGUCGGAAUGUGAGCUAUUAGAGCUAUGCAUCACCUUUCCUUCUCUUGGGGAAAGUCUGGGACUAGGCAUCGCAUUUCGUGCAGCAUACAAAACGUGUACAUUGGUUUAUGAAACGCGCGAUGACCGAGGGGCCGAUCGUUUAUUACUUCCCGGGGGCAGGUGGGGGCGGGGGGCAUCAGUAUGCUGCAUCAAAACUGCAUCAAAACUUUAUCCCCCAAAGUAAUUACAUAUGAAAAUUGUACCCCCCUUGCCAAACCUGGGGCAGUCUGUGGGCGUGCUCUCCUAGCAGAAAAGUUUAAAAUCUAGGGUCUCGGAAAUGUCAUCUCCUGCGUUUUCUGCAGGACAUUUUCAGGCAAUAAAGACGAAGGAAAAUGCAGUAAUUAGGGACAAGAGAGAAUGGUCAUUCUUUCUUGUUAGGGACCGGUCAUUAUUUAUCGUCUGGGCGGGGGAGGAGUAUUUUGGGGGGGAUCAAUUGAUUAGGGGGGAUCAGACGUAACUGAGAAACAAAAAGACGGGAUCACUGAAAACUUUGGAAGGAUUUAGAGGGGGUACCACUAAAAUUUGCGAAAAUGUGAGGGGAAAAGUCGCGAAAAUGUGAGGGGAAAAUGAGGCGACACGUUUUUUGCGAGGUAACACAACGUUUUGGUGAUAAGCACUCUCGAACAUGUCGAAGGUUAAUACAGUUUAAUAUUAACUGCUUAAAACACAGUUUCUAUUCAACGGGUCCCUUACUUCUCUUGUCUUUUUGCUUUUUCAGGACGAGCACUACUCGUUAAAGGAGAGAUGGAACGGCCCGAUUAUCAGGUACAAUAGAUCAUACCGUGCCACUGUCUGAUGGAAAGACUGCUACGUGACUCUGGCUGCUUCUGCUCGAGAAGUCACCCGAAGUCACCUAGAGUUUUGAUCUUGACUUGUUGUGGUGGGUACUUUCGUUUUGGGUCUAUUUUGGCGCAAUAUGCCACAAUUUUACUGGGUGUAUUAUUUUUGGAGCCAAACUUAAGAAUACUUAGCCACUUCAGAUUAUUUUCUUCUCGAAUUAGUAUAUUACAGCAAUCAGUUUGCUCAUUAGGUGUAUGUAGCAUGUUUUGUAUUAUCAGGAAGUAAAUGGCUUUGUCAAGACCUGCCAACUCUCCCCGUUUUCCCUUUUCAUUAAAUCUCCCGGUUAGAGCAUCAAAUCUCCCGGGAAAUACCUACCAAGGCCUUUUAAAAAAAUUUUUUUCAUUAAUUUCGUCAUUUUUGAGACGUCAAAACGGAAAAUAAAACAAGAAGUGUAUUUAGUAUAGGUAAUCACAUGAUUUCGAGUGCAAUUUGGAAUAAAUAAGCGCGAGUAAAUUUUUCAAAGACCAACAAAAGUGCACGAGCCCAUAGGGCGAAUGCACUUUGUGGACUUUGAAAAAUUUACAAGUGCUUAUUUAUUCCAAAUUGCACGAGAAAAAUCAUGUGAUUACUUAUUAAUAAUAUACCCGAAAAACAUAAGUACAACAACAACGCGCGCGUACUGAUUGGCUGAAACAGACUACUACCUUUGUCAAAUUCACACUUUUUCAAGGCCAACGCUUUCAAAAUCAUUCAGCUUAGAACUUGGAAAUGUGCAAGGAUUGAUUUUGUUUGGUCACGAUCACCAGCCUGUCAAAAGUAACUCGGUUUACAAUAAUCAGAAAAGUAAGUAUUUUAAGUUCAUCCUCGAUUAUGCGAGCUCGGCGUUUGCAAGAAGCAUUUACAAGAAGUAUGCACUGCCGUUUUGAAAUCAGGAGAACGCCUCGAACAGCCAAAGAUGAAAGACACUUGCUAAGAUUUUUUCAACGACUGUUUAUCAUUGUCUGUUCCUGAGACCACAUCAUAGCUGGAUUCAUGGAGAAAUUUUUUAGAUUUAAAACCGGAAAAUGAAGGAGGCAAUUUGUUUUCUUCCGACGCUGCCAUCAAUGGGUGAGUGGAGCCACAGUUGUUGUGAUGUCGGAAACUGCCAGUAUUAAUAUAAUAUUUGCUUUUUCUCAGCACUGGGGUUUUCAUUAUUUCAUUUAUAGCUACUGCAAGAGCUCGUAGCUCUUCUUCGUCGGCUUCAUCGUAGUCGUUAAGGAAAUUUAUACCUCUGUGACGUGUGAUAUUGGCGAUAUGUUCUGAACUUACCAUCUAGUUUGCUUUCUUCAGCUUCCUGACUGUUGUUUUUCUCGCACAAUGAUUCGUAAACUUUUUUCUCACUUUCUUUAAGGAUAGUACCAGCUACGGAUACUUUCAUUACCUUAGUUAUGGUAUUUUCGCCCAUUGGUUUAGUUCGAACCAGAUGUUUAAAUUUCGGUUUCGUUUGCUACUGAGGUAGAAAAAAACAGACCAUCGCAGAGGUCUUUGCUCCCGGCAAAAGACUCAAAGAAAGCAACCGGACACCUUUCUUCUCCAACAAAUAACGUACGUGACUUUAAAUCCCUGUUGUUAUCAUCGAAAACUUGUAUCCUUGUUCAUUUAAAUGCCUGAAAAGUGUAGCUGUCAUGGUUUGCGUGUGGUUGCCACCGUUUUUGUUCUUUAUUUUUUUUACUUUAGCGUAGUCUGUUAUAAGUAGCUUGUUUUUUAGUUUCUCUGGCUCAUUUUCCUAAAUUUUGUUGACAGUAUUUUUCUCUUAGCACCGCAUUUUCAAUAUAUUUAGCCUGAAAGACGUACUUUUUACUGUGUUCGGGUUUUUGGAAUAUUUUGUUAACUUUUUUAUCGUUGUUUUGCGUUCAAAAUUAAAUCCCGUCGCCGUCUGCUGAAAACCAUGGCCAUUUUCUUAAAUUUGUUGUUAAAACAACUCUAAUCUGAUUGGUUCUUGGUGGUUUCUUUUGUGUUUUCAGCCAAUCAGAAACCAUUUGUAAUUUGCACUCGUGUUACAAGUUUUGCACUCGUGUUACAGGAGAUCUGCACUCCUUUCUCAGCCAAUCAGAAUUGAGUAAUUUUCUCGUGUAUAUUAUUAGUGCUCUUAUUUGAGCUGCUCUCAUUCGGAAAAUAUAAAACUGAAAAUCAAAUUAAUAUUUAUUUAAUGAGUAUCGCAACUGGUCAGAAAUCAACCAAUCAAAUUGCACAAUACAUGUCACAAAGUUAGCGCGGUUUUCUCACACCGUUAUCGACGUCAGGAACAUUCGGAAGGUCUUCGGGUGGUUUCCGGAGAGUAUUCAGACAUUGUCGAUAAUGACAUUCUUACAAUGCAAAGAUUUCUUGACAUCUCCAGAUUUUUGUACUCUGGGGGUGGGCAGGUAUGCUAUUAAAAUAAAGAGGCCUCCUUUGGGGUUGGGUGGGGGCUACGUGGGGGCUAAAAAAUGGUUGUUUCACGUAUUGAAGGGAAGGUCACCUGGCUGUCGGUACAAGUUUGCUACGGUUAUCAAAAUUUUCCUCGUCACUGUCGCAGUUUCAACCCAUCUUCAUGUACUUUGUCGCCAUCUUAUCCUUCUUAUUGUCAGACCCAUGGCUGGGCAAGCAGUUUCAUACAACAACUUCAUUGUGGUGCAAAGGUGAUGUUACAUGAGACGAUUCUCAAUGAUGAUUUUUAGCACAACACAGCAUUGCAACAUUGUUGUGACAUUGUUUCAAAUAGUUACAACAUUGUUCCAACUUUGCAACGAUGUGUUGAGCUAUAAUAAUAAUAAUAAUAAUAAUAAUAAUAAUAAUGAUAAUAAUUUAAUAACUUCUAGAGCGCUAUUUACAUUCACUGAUCAACAGCGCUUAACAACUUAAAAAACUACAAUAAAAUUCAAAUUUGUAAACCUAAUUACAUAUACAUGAAUAUUAACAAUGUAUAUUAAUAAUGAUAAUAUAGAAUAUUUAUAAUAAUGAUAAUAAACUUUAAGUAGUAAUACUAAUAAAGUGAAUGUCGAACAGGUUACUUUGUAAAAGCUGCACGAAAUAAAUAAGUUUGCAGCUUACAUUUAAAAAUAGCUAAUGAUUGAAUAUCACGUAAUUCAGCCAUUCUGCGCAUGUUGCAAUUUCAACGGCUAUUUGCGAGUUAGGAAGGCCAUGCAGAAGUCCAUUACAAUAGUCUAAACGACUAGUGAUAAAAGCAUGAAUAAGCGUUAGUAAAGAAUCGAAUCGAGAGAUAAAUACUUCUUAAUCCUUCUAACAUUAUGUAGGUGUUAAAAGGCGGCAUUACAGAUUUUAGUAACAUGCGUUGACAUAUUGAAAACUUAUUAUCAAACCAUGCACCCAGAUUUCUAACACAGGAACUAGGAUAGUAUCAUAAUCACCUACAGAGAUAUUACAUACAUCAUUGAUCUUACCUAAUUGUUGUCUAGUUCCUAUUAAUGUCAACUCAGUUUUGUCAUCGUUAAUCAUUAACCUAUCCCUAAUCAUCCAAUUUCUUAAGUCUCUGAUACAUCUAUUCAUAGCACUAAUAGCUUCAUCCAGAUUGGACUUAUCGUCAGACUUAAAACUAAGAUACAACUGCGUAUCAUCGGCAAGGCAGUGCACGUUAGGAAGAUUUUUCUUUAUGACAGUAAAUAGCUUAGACGCGUAAACUAUGAAUAAUAAAGGUCCAAGGCAAGAGCCUUGUGGAACACCACAAUCCAAGUCAAAAUAAUUUGACAGCGCACCAUGUAUAGAGACUGGCUGACUUCUUUCAGAGUAUUCCCAUGUAGACCGACAUCAUUAUGCAAACGAUCGAGCAACACAUCAUGGGACACUGUGUCAAAUGUUGCGCUAAGAUCCAAUAGAACCAGUAACGUUACGUACUUAAAAAUCAUCCAUGCUUAAAAAAAUCAUCUUUGCUUAAAAAUCGUCAUUGCUAAUCGUCCCGUGUAACGUCACCUAAUAAAGGCUGAGACUCUCAAUGUUAUGUUUUUUUCUUAACAAUUAACCACUCAAAAAGGGUUUUAUAAAUCCAGACAAAAAUAUGUUUAAGCAGACAAUAUGACCAGCACCUGCGCCCUUUAAUGAUUAUUUCAACAAUUUUCUAAGAGGCUUGAUUUUUUUUUUGGGGGGGGGGGUCAAUUUUGAAAAUGCACAAAAUGUGAGGUUGAGUCGAAAUAUUAAGACACAGGGCUGGCCUUCUAUGUAAAAGUUGUCAAACUAUAUUAUGCAUGAUUGAAGCAAAUCGACGUUUCCUUCAAAAGUAGACAAAAAAAAUUUGCUUCGGCGGUUCUUUGUCAACAACAAAAGUUAUCAGAAACACUUGUGAGGGCAAAACCACAACGACAAACCAGUGAGGGUCCGCCUAGUAGAUGUGGAUCAGUAAAAUCUUGAGUACCAAAUUUUAAACUUAAAACAGUAACCUGAUCCUUACGGCAGGAAGAGUGACAGAAAAAAUAAAUGAAAGAAAACAAAAAUAAAGUGGUGAAUUAUACUUUCUCGAUAUUUCGGUUUGCAAAACAAACCUUCAACGGGGGCUAAAAUAGAAAAAGCAAAACAAAAUGAUACCUGUAUAAAGCUUGGCCCAGAAAUCUAUCAGCUAUUUCUACUAACAGGAAUGUAGCGUGCAUGUACGCACAUAUGCCUAUGCAUACAGCUGAAAUCUAGAAAAAAUAAUAUAGAGAUUUUUUAUAUUUCCUGAAAGCAUUUUGAUCAUUAAAUUGGGAUGAAUAUUUCGCAUUAUAUUGGUGUUUUUGUGUUAGGAUUUCCUUUAUCCUUUUACUCAUUAAGUCAGGGGCACCCAACGACUGUUUUCUACAAAAUAUCUGUUCGGAGAAGCAAUGAUUGCCUAAAAUUUUCUUUUGCUGGAGAAGGGCUACACAUUUCUAGAUGAACGUUCCAUUCAUGUACAAUUUUAAAAGCUUGUCUAAUAAAUUCACUACGUUUUUCUGAAGUUUAAUUAUUGGACUUCUAGGCUUCCCUUUGGGCAAAGCCCAAUCAAAUUAUGGAGGCCGCCUUAUCUGUGCAGGAAAAAGACAAAAUUGCGGACGGAUCAGGUUCCCCGUCCCCCCUCCCCUGCGUUGCUGCUAAUCUUCCAAUUUUUGAGGGGAAGGAGUGGGUAAUUUCAGAUAAAAAUCGUGUAAGGGAACAAAACUGAAGUUAUUAAUCCUAUGUUAUCACCUAAAAACAGGAAAAAUUGAUCACGAAGUAAGCCUACUGUAAAAAGCUCCUUUCUCUUGUCUCCCGUCCCCUCAGUACUUUCUGUCGCUACCGAAAAAGAGCCCGGAUUGAGACGCAUUUCAGUUCCAUCACUUUAUGAAGGGACGAUCGAUCGCGUUUGAAUCAAGUGAGGGAAUGUUUGGAGACUGGACCACGGUAAUGCUCACUCCCCAUACACAUCCAUACACCGUCCAUUCACGGUAGGUCCGCACUAAAAGAUGAUUGUGAGCAUUUGGGGGACGGACAGGUCCGUGAAAUCAAAGAUUUUGUAAGAUGAUGAGCACACUAUGAUUACAAUUGAUGAAACUAUGACUGAACAUUGCAUUGUGAACUGCUGUAUGGAAACAAACAACUCAGAUGUUGUCGGAAAAGUUCAACUGAAAGUUUUAUGUGUUAAUGAAAAAACAACAGAUGUAUCUUACCAAAGGAUCCCACUCGAGCUCUAUGAUAAGCAGGGGCACCCAACGAGAAUAUAGUUCAAAACUACUUAAACAUAACAUUGUUAAACGUAUUUUAGUAUUUAAACGGUAGAUAUAGGCAUAUUUUUAUCCCCUAGAAAUUUUCCAUCUGUUCGGAUUUCCUAGCUGAAAGUCUAGUGAUCCGAAAAUUAUCAGGAUCAAAACUUACCUUUUCGAAAAUUUCAGCCAGAAAAAAGGCUCCCGAAAAUUCUAGGUGACCUUUUAAGGGUAAAAAUCCGUUAAAAGUGGGCAAUUAUACCAUUUUUUAGAUGUUCCAAAACACUAGGAGAGGCAGACUAGCAAGAAAUUUUACAACAAAUGUUUGGAAAAUUCUAGGUCUCAAAUCGUCUUCGGAACAGAUAUUUUCCGAAAAUUGUUGUUGGGUGCCCUGUGAUAAACUGUAUCGAUAAUAAACAAAUACAAAAAAAAAUGACAUGGAUUGAGGAACACCGAACAGCAAAUUACUUUAAAGUUUAAUGGUUAAGGCUAGGAAACUGAGUGAAUUGAAUCCUAUGUCGGCGUUGCCGUAUCAAAGAUUUGCCGGUGAUCAAAUCAAAUAAAAAGAGCUGAAUGGAAGCACGAAUACAAACUUCAGCUUCAGCUCUCGAGUCUUGGCAAACAAUUUCUUCCUUCAAGGCCUUUGGAAGAGGACAAAAAGCAACGAUUCGAGGAUAAAUGGUGUUUUUAUUUUAUUAUUUUACAUUUUUCUCUUGGCGUGAUUGAACUCACGUUUUAGCAGAAAGCCAGUCAAUUGUGAAGCAUUCAUUCAUGCAAAUAUUUCUGGGGUCAUUUCACAUUUAUUGAUCUUUAUUUCACGUUUGUGAAGACUUUCAAUGAACUUGAAUUACGCUAUUUCGUCAUAAAAAUUUUGUGAAAUUAUGAUUUGUUAAGAUAUUCUUUCGCCAAAAAUUAGCAAUUCGGGCCAAAUUGUCUCUGAGAUAUUAGCCCAGUUAUGCUGUGAAGAUUCCAUUUCCUUCUAAAUUUGGCUUGGUUCAAAGAUUAGCAACCAGGUAAGAUUUAGAAUUUGUACGCAUAUUUAAUAUCUCAGAGACAAUUUAUCCAAGAUCUUUAUCCAAGAUCUGGAAAAUACGGGGAAGAAGAGGAUGUUAUUUUUAAAACACAAAAGUUGGUGGACCGAAAAAGUAAUCGGCAAAACGUCUCAGUGUGGACCGACAGCUCUGCAUUCCUUUAUCAUGUUUUUACAAAAAAAUGUUUAUGUAAAAUAAUAAAUGUCAUGUCACUCAAGCGCCAAGAUGUCUGGCUCAAAACUAAUAUAUAAAUGCUAUUUUGGAAGAAUAUGCAUAUAUUUGUGGCAAAUCUCCUCAAGUGUAACCAUUUGAUUAUUGCUGCAUUCAAGUCCACACCUUAUUAAAAAAAAUGCCAGACACUUUUCACGCGCGGUUUCCGCGGUUCGAUCCAGUCUUUACCUGUUACUAACACUCACGCCGCAUGCAAGAAUCCAUGGUACAUCCCCCCUCCUCCCCUGGCAUUUGUCACAAUAGGCUCCCAAGAGGAGGAGUGAACGUCUUCCCAUAGUGCAUUGCGAUUGAGUUUGUUCUUAGAAGAUGGCGGAGUUUUCUGUCGCACGUCGUGUUUUUGCGGUGUUUUUGUGUGACACUUUUACCGGGUUAGAAUCGUAACUAGAGGUAAGUAAGACUAUUCAUAAAUUCUUCGCCUUUUUAGCUUUUCAUAAAAGGAAGCUUUACUGGAAUAUUGCUUGUGAAACGUAUAUUGUUUCGUAUUUGAAUUGUGAUAUCCUGAUCUGUCAUCGUUCACUGCCUAUGAAUAGUUCCGAAAACAUGUAUGUAGUUUCUUUUCUAGUGGGGGUAUUGUUUAAUUAAGUGCGAUAUUUAAGUAAUUCAGAUUCUCAGAGGCCGUGUUUACGCUUUCGCUAGCUAAUAUUCCAUAGGGGCGACAAUAUUCGAACAGUCUGUGAAGGCAUUUCAAAUCUCUUAUACUUUCUAUAACCACGACUAGAAUUUUUGAAAUGGGGGGCAAUUUUGGCCUCCUACACGGACCCUUUUUUUGCUCGUCAGGCAGUGGGGAAAGAAUGCGUGACGAAGCCCUAAGAACGUCUGCGUGGUAGGCUGGGAUGUAAUUUUGGCGCAGCAUGACAAACUGUCACGCAAACCGGCAGACCUAAUGUGACCCCAUUAUGGGGUUCUUGUUUUCAUAUUUUACCACCCAGGUUACACUAUUUUUCUAAGAAAAAAGGAAACCUAAAAUUUCUGGAGGCUAAAAUGUGAUGGAGAGAGGAAUCAGAAAAAUUCUCACUUUUGUAAAACGUUAUGCACUAGUCAUUUGUUUCCCCCGCUCCCCCACCCCCGCGACAUAGCGGGGGAAUUUGCAAACAAGCGAUGCUAAUUAUGGGGAAUUCCACCAACCACCAGGGCAGAAUUUCUUUGCAAAACCACCACCCCCCGGGGCUAGCUGAAAGACCUUGUAAAAGAAGAGAUUGUCUAUUUCUGCGCCAAAUACAUUUUGAGAAACAACAACUAUUAGGAAUGUUUCAACCAGCUUAAACUACUUACCACUGAGGUUGUUUGGAGUAUAGCUUUUUAAUCAGACAAAUAGUGUGAGAGAAUAACCAAUAAGCUGAGAGAAGACUUGAAAAUCGUGAGCCAUGCCAGCAACAAACACAGUUGUUUGGUACCUCCUCUUGAACUCGUUCUUGUCGAGAGAAACCUGGCCACAUGGGUGGCUGUCACAAAACGGGGCAUAUGUACUACAUUUUGUUUUAAGCACUUUUAGUAAGGGGCUAAGAUUUAGGAAAUUGUGAUUGCAAAAUUAUUAAGAAGAUAAAUUCAAGAUAGCUAUAAGCUAGUUCGCCUUUUCAGAAGGAAGUGCAAAUUUCAGUUGGCAACAACAUUGCUACUUUACGGGGGUUUAAAAGGCAUUUGAGAUUCUAAAGCAAAAAGGGACAAAGAAAGUACAUUGGUAGAACGCGCACAUGACGAGAAAUUCAGAGUAUUUUAAUACACUAGGGGCCACGUCCUUGGGACGAGUCCCAUGAAACUGCUUACGUCAUUAUGUAGAAAUUUAAGUCACCAAACAAGAGUUUUGUCAAGGGCCGUUUUAAAUUGGGCUAAUUAGGUUGGACUAGUCGCAGGGAAUUGCUUCUCGUAAACGUGUACACACCACAAACUUUGCUUCAGGGUCUAGGCAAUAAAAGGGGGUGGUAGGCCUACAUGACUUUUACCUCAUGCCAAAAUGCUGCUUAUUCCAAUAAAGUUGUUUGUAUCUGCUGGGUAGAUUAUGCUCUGGAGGGUUCUGCAUUUUACUGAGCAAAUGUGGUUUUAGCCGCAUGUUUCACACUGAGAGGUCAUGACAUUUAUAUCGAUUGACUGUAGUUAUUGUUUUCUGGUUGGCAGGAUUUGCCCUCUGGUGCAAGCGCAUUUUCUUUGACCUCUUUUGAAGCGUAAAGCUUUUUUAUUACGGCUGAAUAAGGGUUCCAAUUUUCUCCAAAGUGCCUUCUGGAUCUGAUCUAAGCAAUUUUCUUUAGUCCGUGAGUGUAAUGUUUUUCUGCAAUGCUAUAUCACGCUGGGCCCAGCUCGUCAGUUUUCUUUGCAGAAUGUUAAAUUAUCACGGAUAGUGACUUACAGAUCCAAAAUUAUAAGAGUGAACUGCAGCUUAACUGUAAACUUACUAUGGAGAAUUGAAUUGUGACUCAGUAAACUCCAGCUUAGUGUUUUACUAAAGAUAGUGUGAGUCUUUUGACUGGAGCGCGUAGUUCCUCCCUUGGUAAUAGCUUUGAAUAAGCUUAACAGUCUUUAAACUGUUUUGUUAUUGCCACAGUUUGUGAUCAGGCAAGACCAUGGUUUCGGUUCUCCUCACGAACCUCAUCAGUUGAAUAUAUAGUCUCUGGACAAAGGUCAAAGUGUUUUCUUUCAAAUGCGAUUAGGCUUAUCAAUGGAUGCAUUCAUUUACAUAAGGAUAUAAAAGGAUUGUUGACACUUACUUCGUCACGCUAUCCUCUCUGGUAGCCAUGUUGGAUUGCUGCUUGUGAGGAAUGCACCCAGAAUCCUUUGCACACAGUCUCCUCGUGAGCGCUUUGUUUUUGAAAAUUCCCCCGGGGUUUCCUGGGGGUAUUUUAGGUCAGGCAAAUUUGAGGUAAAGUCCCUGGGGGUCUGGGCAUAAAAUCAUCGCAAAGCUGCAGUAAUUCCCCCGCUAUUGCCCGACAAAGUCCCCGAAUAUCGCGGGGGUGGGGGGGCGGAGGAAACAAAUGACUAGUGCAUUAUAUUGCACCUAAAAUUUUCGGAAAAAUAAUACAGAAGCCCUUGUAAUUUCGAAAAGACUGAGGUUCCCCUAGGAUGACCGAAUAGAUAAAAAUUUUGUAGCACUGCUUAGAAUGCAUUUCUAGAGAUCUAAAAGUACACUGGUAGCCUAAAAAGUGUUUUCAACGUACCUUAUUCGUACUAAUUUUCGCAGGCACUUAAUUUCGCGAAUUUGGAAAACAAAUAUUUCGCGAGCAAUAAUUUUCGCGAUUUUGCAAAAAAUGAUAAAUUUAGGGCAUUUAAUUUCACGAAAAUUGACAAAAGACAGACUUAGAAAACUGUUCUUUUUAUUGAUUGAUCACUUAAAUAACGAUUGAUUUACAAUCAUGAUUUGCAAUUACGUAAAAGAAAUAGCGUUGAUAAUCAGACUAAACAUGCAAAUACUGCAAAUCAAUCAGAUGCUACUGCAAUAUUGUACUAAUAAAAGUCAAUUGUAAAAAUAUAAUUUCAAAUACCUAUGCCACACAGUUCUGUAAUGAUUAUAAAUGCUUAACACCCUUGAAACAGAACAAAACUAUAGAUGAAUAAUAAUCAAAUACAAUUUAAGUGUGUCUUCCGAUACAGCCUUAUGCAAUGUCUAUAUUAUUACUUUGGUGCACUGUCUAUAUCUUUAAAUGGGUCCUCAGACGGCUUGCUGACUCAAUCAUUGGUCACUUACCCAGAGAGAUCUCUAGGCCUACAUGUUUUUUUCUUUUAAGAGGAGGGGUUGCUGUCGCUGAAGUCAUAAAUACAACGCACAGAAGAUCACCGCUUGUACAAGGAGGACUUGAAAUUCCAGUUAAAGUUGCGGUUGAAAUCGAAGCUACAGCAAAGAACAGAUUGAUAAUUGACAAAUACAAAGAGCUUGUGUUGGCUAAUAAUUAUUAUAAAGACCCUGACCUAAAUGGACAUUUUGAUGACUACACAAAAGAUGUUUUAAAAGAGCUCCAUGUACAAGAAGAAGAAAUGAGUGAUUCGGAUGAAGAAAGUGCUGAAGUAGAUGAUAAAUAGACUUAUGACAAUUACCAUGUAGCUGUGAACGCAGUUAAUCAUUGAUUAAAGCAAUUAUAGAAGUGUAUUAAAUUUCGCGUAUCCUAAUUUUAGCGAGUCUUUAAAAAUCGCGAAAAUCGCGAAAUUAAAGCCUCACGAAAAUUAGUACGAAUAAGGUAUUUUGGAGGAAACCAUUGUUGGGUGCCCUUGUUAAGUCCAGUGAAAUGGAUCUGAAUGUGAAGCCACAGACUUUGGUUGAGGCUUUUGACCACCAAGCCAACUACAAUUCUAUCCCAGAGUAUAAUGUAGCAGUGUUCUCACCAGGAUUUUGCUUUGGGGAGUCCCAGGGCCCCCUCUUCUGAGAAAUUCAUGUUUUUUAUGUAUUCAAACAAACAGAAUGCUUUAGUGUUAGGUUGACCAUUAAAAAAGGCAACAAAAUUAAAGACUUUGACUCAUUUGAUAUCAUGUUUUUUAUUUAUUCAAACAAACAGAAUGCUUUAGUGUUAGGUUGACCAUUAAAACUACUUAAGUCCGUUUGACUCGUAAUAAUGGGUGCAUCUUCUUGGUUUUCAUGCGCCAUUUCAGUUUUUCUUGCGGGAAUCCUGCAAGGCCGCGGCUUGGAGAGAACACUGAUGUAGGUCUCAUAACUUUGUUGACUUAUCCUGUGUCAACAUGCACAGCUGAGCGUAGCUUCAUUGGUAUGAAGGGACAGCAAUUUCCUUUACGAAGGACCGUGACAGACGAGAGAUUGAGCUCUCUUGCAAUCCUGCACGUACACAAGCACAAGAAUGUAAUUGAUAUUGAUGGCAUUAUAACAGAGUUUGCCCGUCUGAAGGGUACACAUCUCGCCCUUUGCUUGUAACGUUCCUGAUGGCGUCACUGUUUUACCCUUUUUUGCCAUAAACAGUCUGUACCUUACUGAUAACACUAGAGAUAGAUGGGUAAAAUAAACAACUAAUUACUGCAUUUUCCUUCGUCUUUAUUUACUGAAAAUGUCCUGCAGAAAACGCAGGAGAUGACAUUUCUGAGACCCCGAAUUUAAACAUUUUCUGGGGAACAUGCCCUCAGACUCCCCCAGGUUUGGGGCGCCUUCAGCACGCUAACUUUUCUUCCCCUGUGUGCACCUUCAAAAUCUCAAGCUACGCUGCCAACUACCAGUAUCUUAGGGGGUGUUUACAUGAGAAACCUUGUGCCAGUGUGAGUUUCAUACUGGCAUGACUUUUUUGAUUUCUUAUCACGUUUACAUAAUGACAGGGUGGUUUCAUAUCUCGUUAUUUGAAGGUACACUUCAUGUUGAUAAAAUACAUGUGUGAUUGAAAAUCGCAAAUGUUACGCAUGCACUACCCAUUCCAGUCUGCUCGCAAACCGAUUUCGCACCAAAACUUGUCGUCAUUACACAUUUACAUGAUACCGUUGCGAGUUUUUGUACCGGAGUGAAAUUCUCGCCCUGGUACAACAACCAGGGUGAACUCAUGCCAGAGUGACUCUGGCCGGCAUGACAUUUUGUGCUGGUAUCAUGUAAACAAAUGUAGAGCCAUGAGAGGGAACGGAAGUGAGCUUGCUCCAGGGUGACUCAUGUAAACACUCCCUUAUAGCUAAUGAAAUCAAUGCCCAAUGGCAAAAGAGACUUGGUCUAGGAGGGGUAGGGGGGGGGGGGUGUAUUUUAAAAAUUGUUAUUGCUGAGGGGGGUUCAAUUUUCAUAUGUAAUUAUUUUUUGGAGGGGUAAAGUUUUGAUACACCACUUUUUUCUGGACCCCCUGACCCCCCGAUUGGUCCCUAAAACAAAUAAAGUUUUCCCUGAAAUUAUUGUGUGACUUUAUGUAGAUUUACAUGCAAGUGUGACAAGCCAGGGAUUUGCUGCCGAGAUGUGUUUUCGAAUUUUAAUACUUGGCCAGUAAAAGACUAAAAUUUAGUCUUUUACAUUUAAUGUUUAAACACAUGUAUGAAAUCGUUCUAAGCCACAUUUACAUGAAAGUGUUUAGUAGUAAACUCAAAUGCUUGUAAAAAUGCCACUUUUGACAAAGAUAUUUUAUCAUAUAAAUCUUUAUCAAGAUUUGCAUGAAAACCGCGGCAAGUGACAGAAUUGCUGAGCCUCACCGUUCAUCUGUUAAAAUCUCAGAACAUGGCAAGCAAAAACUACAUAAACUGUUAAUGCAGGAUAAAUCUCCUAAACCGAAAAUAUUGAUUUACACUUAUUGAAAGCUUGCCAAAGCUGGCAAUUCAAACAGUUUAAUACAGUACACUGCACCGCAAGCACUGAUCGACGGUGCAAAUUUCUGAACGGCUGUGUGACUGUACAAAAAUAAUCUCACAUAAAAACCUUGCUUCUCGAACCUCAAAACUCAAAACUUGGGACUCAAUCCUCGCGUCUGGAAACUUGAAGUGUUUGAGCUUUGAAAUGCGAGGUUCGAUUCUCAAGUAUCAACUUACUUUUGAGUGGUACUGUAAUAAUACCCCCUAAAAUUAUUUCUCCGCUUAUUGAGCAAGAGAAAGGUACUAGCCUCAUAUUAACUAGCACCAGGUUAUCUGAUAUGGCUUUCUUUGUACCCAAGAAAGUUCUACUGCUGUGCAUGAGUGUGAUUUCAAAAUUUUUUUCCAGGAUGCUGCUAUAUUCCUCCAAGAGGGACAGAAUAAUGACCGAUUUGACACCCACCCCUCCCAUGAAACAAUGCGAUGGUACCUCCGAGCUCACUCUACAUGUUUCUACUUGGUGGAUAUGGUGGCUUCUUUGCUUCUUCUUUGUCUUGCACUCACUGAAAGACCUGGCAAUAGGGACGUUCCAGCUAAGGAUAUAUUGUUUUUGCCAGCACCCGUAAGUAGUUAAAGGAGCUGUGUCACAAAAUUCAGUCAAAUUAGGUCAUUACAAAAUGCCCGUUAAAUUAAGAGAAACUUAAAAAUAACCGCUUAAAACAUUAAAGGAAGGUUAAAAUAACACAACAGAUGCCAUGGAUGGGCAAAACUGAAGAAGACUGAAACGGAUUGAAAUUAGGGAUUUGAAAACUGUUCAGCCUAACAGUUUUUCAAAGUUCAUCUCUGCUGUUGGCAACUUCAAAAAUAAUGCUCAGGAGACAUAUCUGUUUGUCUCGAAUCUCUGAUUUUGUCAUUUCUAUGUUAUUUCUUUGUUUACUUUAAGUUCCAUAGCGACUGAGGGCAAGUAAAUGGCAAAAUGAAACAAAAUGAACUGGAUUGUUGUGAUACAGCCCCUUUAAUACUACCAUCUGGCAUAUAGCUCAAAUGGGUGGCUCUUAGACGGUGCACUUUUAGGUCCAGGUUCAAUUCCUCGCUCUCAAAUAAAGCUUGUUGUUGUUGGCUGGAUCACCACUCAGGGCCUUGAAAUGACUGAGGAGAAACUGCCUUUGCUCUUUCAUCUGGCAAUGGUUAAACGUUUUCAGUCUUCUUGGGUAAUGAUGAAAACGCCAAGGCCCCUUCUCAGAGUAGCUUUCACUUUAGGUCUUAAUCUGAUGCUGUAGAAGAACCACUCAUGAUAUAACAGAUCCCCCCCCCAACCUGAGCCUGUCUGAAAGCAUAUUCACAGACUAUGCUACAAGCAGUCAAAAAAUUCCUCCACUCAGUGGUACAUCACCCUGAGAAGUCCAUUUAUAUUUUGUAUUUGUGUUAAACUUUGUAGCUGUUUGACCAUCAUCAAAUUUUUCCCUAAACAGUGAACUUUCUUUAAGAUGCAAACCUUUGGGGCCCACUCUAAGUGUCUGUCUAACAGUAAGAGUGAUGCUGUCUUAUAGGGAGUUAAAAAGGGAGUAUAGGAAAGCAGGGACCAAUUGUAGAUGUCCGUUUUACUCUUAGUGUCUUUCUUAUAGCGGUGUCUGUAAAGAGAGUCAACGGUAAUGCCAUUGCUGAAAGAAAUAUGAUGAGAAUAAAAAAGCUUAGCGUAGUACUUGGUAAAAGCCCUUUUGCUCAGUAGCAUUAUAAUUGGUCAGAAUGGCCAUCUCCUAACUAAGCAAGUCAGGAUUUGAUGUAAUCUCAUGCAUACAACCUUUUGUGAUCAAUUUUCAGGUCCAUGGAGCUCUUGAAAUUUUUUCAUUGUCAGUCAUUGCUUGUGGAUGUGGUGUGAAACUUAAGUGGCAAGGAGCAAAGUUCUACUUUACUCACAAGAGGACACUUUUCAAGGUUAGAGGCUUUGCACUAAUUAUUGCACAUAUCAACUGCUAACAGUUGGUACCUACAGUUUCAUGUUUAUGCUACCUUUUUAUGACUUUCCACGACUUUUUGUCAGUUGUCUUUACAAACUUGAUGAAGUUGUGGUAUAUCUUAUAACAAAAAACAUCUGUUUCUUUGAACUCAUAAAAACGCAGCAUUACCCAUUAUUCCAAGUUAAAUAUUAUUUUAUAAUAAUAACUUAAUAUCAAUAAUUUCCAUGUAAUUUGUAAACCUUCAAAAUAUGUUCUUUUGUACUCCACACUGAGGCAGGUAAAAAUUAUGUAAGUCGUCAGCUUUGAAAUGGGUAGAUGUACUGUUUGUGCGAUCAACUUAGGGCAUGUUAUUUUGUUUUAUAUAUCUUUUGAAGCAGCUUAAUAAUGUAAGUUAACCCUUUAUGAAUACAGCAUAUUAUUUACCGUACCUAGCGUUUAAGCAGGAGGAUUGUGUUUUAGCUUAUAAACACCUUAAGCCAUUGUGGUAAAAUAUGAAAAAAGUGAAUAACCUUAAAUGUUCUUUCUUUUGUUUUUUAAAGAAGAAAAAAAUCAGUUGCUCAUUAAAUGUUAAGUCGUGAGCUUGAAUUGCUGUGAUUAGAAAGCAAGCUGGAGGUACCACAUCCUGCCAUUUUAUUUCUUUCUUUUCCCACUAUAGAUUGUUAUUUUGAUUGUGAUGUAUGCAGAAGCAAUUACCGUUCUUAUAAGAAUGGAGAAUCACUUCCGAGUUACGCGAGCUCUGCGACCUCUGUUUCUGAUAGACACUCAUUACUGUUACGGAGUGAGAAGGUGA